AUGGCCAAGAAGAGAAAAUCCAUAGCCACCACACUCGACGAAGUCGAUCGAACCAUGUACGCUUCGUUUUGUACCGCUGCUAAUUCUCUCUCCCUGCUUCACAUGCAUGCCCUCAAUCACCAGAAACUCUCCUUCCAAGCUGGUCAACGACAUAGCCUCGAAAAACUUUAUCAGUGGAUCUGGCGACAGCAAGAGGGUGGAUCGAGAGUUGCAACGCUUGAUAUACUUAACUACAUUCAGAAUGAACUGGAUUGUUUUGGAGAGGAGCAAUCCAUUUCGCCUAGAGCAGCACCACAACCAGUAACACAAGUAGCUAGUUCUGGCUCUACAGUAACACCUGGUUCUUCGUGCCAAACAGUUGUUGGACAGGGACUCGGGUCGGAGCACUGUGAUAAUCAAUCCAAGAGUUUUGAAUUUUCAAAUGCUUUGCCAAGUCCUGUUCGUCGAAGUCUUCAGCAUUAUCAAGUUGGUGAGGGAGGGAGCUACCUUAGCGGUCCCUCCACAGGUAAUGGAAACCAGAACACUGAAUCCAUCUUUUUUCACCAUCAAAGCAGGGACUCUACUGCAUUUAGUUCCAACGAUUCUGCCAUGGACAUGCAUGCAGAGUAA